AUGGGACACGAGGUGUCGCAGGCCUGCCUGCGCAGAGGCAUGACCUUGGCACCUGUGGGUCUUACAGGGCCCAGCAUGCCCGGACAGUGCCAGGUGAAGGAAGGCGACGCAGUGGUGGAUGUGACCCUGGUGGGGCCAGAGACCCCAGGCGCCCAGAAGCAAGCUCUGGAGGAGCUCAGAAAGCAGCACGGCGAUCGGCUGGUGAUUAUCGACUUCACCCAUCCCACAGCGGUGCCACGCUCUGGGAAAUCGAUCGGCUCCAGGAGUUUGCUGGUGAAUCCGAACUCUGAGCUUUAUGCUUCAGUGCCGUGGCAAAAUCGUCGCAUGUCAUCCUCUGACCCACGACGCCAGGCGGGUGUCAAUUUUGUCUUCGGCACGACCGGCGGCGACCGCGACGCACUGAUGAAAGUCACGCAGGAUAGCGGCGUCUAUGCGGUCAUUGCUCCAAAUAUGGGGAAGCAGAUUGUAGCACUACAGGCCACCAUGGAGAGGAUGGCCAAAGAUUUUCCGGGAGCUUUCUCUGGUUACAAACUGGAAGUCACAGAAUCGCACCAGAAAACAAAGGCCGACACCAGUGGUACUGCCAAAGCCAUGGCUGCUCGGCUCAAAUUCAUGGCAGUGGGAGAGCUAAAGUCUUGGAUGCUCCCAGGUCCGUUUUUGUGCCUGGUGCCCAUUCUCCAAGCAUCGCAGCAUGCACUCACCGAAAAUCAUGGACUUCAGAGCAAUCUUGGGGAAGAAGAUUUUCUGGAGGAUGAAGAGGAAGAUGCAGAGGUGGAUGAGAUGGCGCUCUUCCACGAGUUGAAGGGCGAUGGAAAUGUGGGCACCACCGAUUCCACCAAAGACAUUUGGGAUUCCUGGCUGAGCCUGGCUGGUGAGGAAAAGCCCCCAGACAGCGCAGCCACAAAGCCAGCAGUGAAUGGGACAGCCCAAAAGCACCUGGAGGCCACGCUGCCCGUGUGGAGCAAAGAUGUUGGAGGCGAGAAGCCGGCAGUGCCUGAAGAGAGACCCGAGGAUGAGGACGAUGCCUUCAAACUCGAGGAGCCACCCACAACAGCGGCGAAGCGGCCACGGCUCGAGGUGUCGGAUGCUGGCUCGGUGGCAGCUGCCUGGGGUGCUUGGAAGGUUUUGGAUGGGGGUCAGCCAGGAGCUGGGAAACUGCAACCACUGCAGCCAUUGGCAGCACCGGAGGAAGUUGAUGAACCACCAGAUCAAAUUGAAGAGGAAGAGGAAGAAGAAAUGGAUUUGCAGGGUGAGCUGGAGUUGUUUGAGCACCUGAAGCAGGGAUGUCCAGGAUCGCAGCCAAGCUCACGUAGCCCAUCCGAUGCUCCAAAACCUCCAAGCAUCUCAGAGAUGUCGCAGCAAUCGCUGCCCACACCGGCGGAAGCUUCCAUCUCUCCCGCCCAGCUCAGCGCCGCCCAAGGUGGCUAUGCUGACUAUGCUGACAUGGAGAUUUGCUCCACCGCCAGCGACGAGGGGCUGGACUUCAGGAUCUCCGACAGUGAAGCGGAGUCCGAGCCCAGUGAGCCCAGUGAGCCCAGUGAGCCCAGUGAGCCCAGUGAGCCCAGUGGGCCCGGAAAGGCUGCGGCCAAGGCGAAAGCCAAGGCGAAGGCCAAGGCCAAGGCCAAGGCGGCUGCGCCCAAGGCGGCUGCGCCCAAGGCAGAGCGCAAGAGGAAGGCGCCCACCCUGGCGGACACUGUGGCGCCAAUGGCCAGGGGUAGCACUGGAAACAGUGUGGUCACUGGUGAUGUGGUGAAGAUCUUGAAACCGGCGCAAGGCAAAGACAAAUUGCAGGGCACUCUGGCCACAGUCUCUUGCGAGCUUCCGCCCAGUUCCUUGCAGUUGACACUGCCCGAUGGCCAGCAGGUUCUGCGCAAACGCAGCGAGGUGGCCCUGGUGGAGAAGUCCAUCCCAGUCGAGUCUGCAGCUGAGAAAAUGCCUCGGAAGAGCGCACUGCUGCGGCAGCUGAAGACCGUGGAAGUGGAGCGUGCAGAAGUCUUGAGGGGUCGCCAGUUGGAGCGCGACACCGUGAGCACCGGCCGGCAGCCCAAGGGCCGCGGCAAGGGCCGAGGCAAGGGAGCCACGGCGCAGGGCGUGAACGCGCAGCUGGGCACCUCAUUUCAUCAGAUUGGAAAAGUCAUCGAUGCGGAGGCCAGAGUUCAAGGCGGCUCCUUGCCCACGAAGCUGCCAUCCAAGCCUCCACCAACCCCCAAACCUUCGCCCUGGGGCGGCCGAUGGAGCGUGGGAUCUUUUCAGCAGCUGGGGGUGGAGCCUUUCGGCCACGAUCAGAUCCACAUGCUCCGCGACGAUGCAUCGCAGAGAGCCUUUGGUGUGCCAGAGGAGUACUCGACAGGUCACGCCUUUCACACCUACACUCUGACCAGCUCAGAUGGAUCUGUGCAGUUCCAGUUCAAACACAACGUCUGCGGUCGUCGUACUUAUGGCGAGGGUGUGGCGGAUGCUGUGCAGUUUAUCGCACGAAAAGCAGCGGAGAAGUCGGAGAAGAAGGUGUUCAACAUGAUCGACAUCCUCGAGGCUAUCCGUGGUGAUGUGGGUCCACAUGAUGGGUCGCCGGUAGAGGUUGAGAUGUACCUCACCUGUAGUACCAAGGUGACGCCUCAAGUCAAUCAAGCUGCAGGGUGGCCCGGAAGCUAUGAGGUGGUUUUCUCCAGGUAUUUCUCUGCCUUGACGGGCUCGGAGAAGGCAGCCCUUAGCCUCCCACAGGAGGCAUCACGAAUCGUCAUGCUGCUGGCAUUGCUUAUCCUUCAGCAGCUGCUGACAGGAUUGGCAGGACCAUUCAAUCGCGAGUCCUCUGUUAAAGCAGAUGGACGCUUGACAGGAAACCUCCGGUCGCACGACCCCCUCUCCGAGGGUGCGCCGCCCAUCUCCAGCAUCCUGGCGGAGAUCGAAGAGGCGGCCAAGACGCUGCGCGAUACGCAGGUGCUGCGGGAGGAAGGGAGGAGAAGUGUAGCAGGAAGAACCCAGCUCUACUGGGGUGAACCCACCAAAGGCCGCGCGGGGUGCAGCUACGACAGCACCGCCGACACAGAUGGUGAAGCCAACCCGUUUCCAGUCAUCAAUGAGUGGGCCUGCGCACUCAUGUGCGCCAGUCACGCGGAAGAUGGCUGUUGCACCUAUAAGAACAACCCCAAGCGCGUUGGCGAUGAGAAUGAUGGAGACAAUUAUGAGGAAGACACCGGCCUGUGCGAGUUCCGUGCUGGUUUCGGAGGGGUGGAUGAGAGUCAAAGCGAGCAAUGGAGCUCCGCACAAUGCACCUUGGCCGAGCUGGCCGAACUUGGCUUGGCUAACAACGCGAAUGCAAGCGUUGCGGGCUACAGCACCAGCAAGUGUGCACAGUGGCGUCCUGGCCGAUGCAUUGGCAGCCCGAAGGAGCUGAGCACUGCCUCCAUGGGGCUCCCUGUGUGGGACCUGGUCUUUGAGGAUCACUUCGACCGCCUGACCUGCGUCCCGGACCGCAACGGCAUCCUUAGGCCCAACCCCCUCAGCUGGACACCGGAGAUUGGCACCUGGGCUUUGGUGAUGUGGGGGGUUGGGGGGGACGGAGGUAGGGAGAACCAGUUCUACAAGGCCGAGAACGUGGAAUGCCGCAACGGGGCCUUGGUCAUCACCGCCCAGCGCGAGCGAGCCAAGCCUCUGCCCAAGUGCGAGGUGAAAGGCUCCGAUGAUCCCGCGUUGGAUGGUGAGGCCUGCAGUGUGUGCGGCCCGCCCACAUUUGAGUAUGGAGCCCCUUGCGACCAAACCCUGGGUGAUGGCUCCCCAGUGUGCGACUGCUCGGCUGGGGCGGAAUACACCUCUGGCUCCCUGGUGUCGCGUCGAAAGGUGGAAUUCUCCUAUGGCAAGCUUGAGAUGCGAGCGAAGAUUGAUACUCGCCCCGGAGCUUGGUCGUCCUGGUGGGCAGUGGGAGAUUUCGAGGAUGUGCCGUGGCCCAAGAAUGGGGAGAUCGACAUCAUGGAUGCCUUCCAAGGCAUGCUGAAGGCGUCCGUCAUCCAUGCUGACGAGACGGGCGACGCCAGCAAUGCCAUUUUCCAUGGUGCUGCGAAGAAGGUGAAUGCGGACUGGGAACGGCACUAUCACACCUGGACCAUGGAGUGGGACAAGGACUUCAUCACCAUCUCGGUGGAUCGCCAGGAAGUCCUCAGGCUGGAUUUGAGCGUGGCGGAUCCGGUGAGGACCAGCUGGCCCAAUCCCUUCACCAAUGGCAAGAAGUUCUUCAUGAUCCUUAACCUGGCUGUAGGUGGCCACUCUGGUGGCAAUGCCACACAGUCUGAGUUCCCAGUGACGAUGAUGGUGGACUACAUCAAGUACUACCAGAAGAAGAGCCGCACUGACCGAUGA